UCGAAGGGUGUUCUUACUUGCCUUGAGAGCAAUGGCCUGGCAGAUUUGUUUGAUCAUCCUUCUGGCUGCUAGUUCUUCAUUGGGUCUCCCCAGUUCAACUUCUGAACAUAUAACUGGUGCGAUUGAAAGUUUGCAGAAAGACUUCAAUGCCACUUGGUCUGAUGUUGCUGAGGGCGGGCCUGUUUUUAUACGUUUACUGGAUAGUGGUCUAUGGUCACAGGCCAAUGAGAAAAAAUUAUUAAUAGCCCAGAUUAUUUCUAUGUAUGUGCAAAUGCUGAACAAUAUAACCAAAACUCCAACUCCAGGAUAUAUCAAGGAAUUGAGAGAAGCUCUGGAAGACUACAAAGAUCACUACAAUGAAAGCUUGAUGAAAGCAAAUGAUCUAAUUCAGUUGGCACAGCUUCCGAUGGACAAUUUGAAAAUCCAGCGCAAGGCUGUCCUGGAAAUGACUCGUGUCCUACAAGAGGUGAGAAAAGAAGAGAGCAGAAGGAGACGGAGGAGCCAAAGACAAAAUUCCAGGGGCCUGAAAAGACAGAAACCAAACAUCAUGGGAUAA